CAAAGCCCUUGCUGCUCCCCACUCUCUCUCUUCCCGCCGGUACGCCAUCGCCACCAGCGGCAACUGCUUCUCCCGACCACCUCUUCUCCACCACCACCAUUGCCUUGUUCACCAUCUCUUCUUCUGUCCAUCUUCGUUCUCCAACAACCAUCAGCCACCAUAUCCUCGUCUUCUCCGGGGACAGCCACCACUACCAGCUCCGCCAGUGUCUCCGCCUUCCCUGCGCCUUCGGACCACCGACCACCACCUCGCCAACCACUGCAUUACCUGUAUUUCGGCACCUCACAGUCGCCGUCUGACGACUGGAUUCUUGGAUUUAGCGGAAGGAGGGCCCAGUCAGACUCGUAUCUUCUGGGAAGUGAAAAUGGCUGGGGACAAUUCUUCUGAUGGGUUUCCCAGAAAGCGUCCUGUUUUGGGUGAUUUGACGAAUCAAGUGGAAAAGAGGGGACUACUGAUGAUUUCGGGAAAUUUGGGGAGUAAAUCUGGAGACGGGAAUGGUAAAUAUGGUGAAAACAAAGAGGGGCAUUCACAUUUUACUCAGAAGGUGUGCCAAGACGUGGAGAAUAUGGUCAAGGAGAAAAGUGAGAUCAGACCUGCUGUAAAUGACAAUGAUAAACAUAAGAGGGCUUGUGUUUCGCCGUGGGCUUGCAGCAGAACUAAUUCACUUGAGGGAAAUAUUAUAUCUGGCAUCUCAAGAAUACCUAACAAAGUUGAGGAGUUGAAUACACUUGGUAGCAGCCUUCAUCUUGGUAGAAGUGAUGUUUUUGGUCAUGUUGAGAAAAUUGCUGAUACCUUGGGAGGCAGCUGUUUUUCUGGCAUUUCGAUGCCCAUGGCUUCUGAAUCAUGUGUUGGUGUUGAAGGGAGCCAUGACAAGGACAAAGAAAUAGAUGCUACUGAAGUUGCACAAAGUGAUCCCUUGGGUGAGGGAUUAGUUGCUCAUGUUUGCAAAAAGCAUAGCAAGGACAUUUGUGCUGAUGGUCUCACCUCAGGCAAAUGUGGGUCCACUGAUUGCUCAAGAUUGCCUAAGCCACAGGGUUCUGCAUCUUUUAAACUAGAGAAAUGCAUGGGAUUAAAAGACAAUGGAAGCUCUUAUUCAAGUGGAAGCGUUGACUUGAUUAAAUCUUGCUCUUGUUCUUUUUGCAUGAAAGCUGCUUACAUUUGGUCAGAUCUUCACUACCAGGAUGUCAGGGGUCGUAUAGCUGCACUAAAGAAGAGUCAGAAAGAAGCAAGCAUUAUGGUUGACAGAAGUUGCAAGGACAAGGGAAUUGAUAAACGUGGUCAAGGAAAUUGCUAUAAAUUCUCAAAGUUAGAAUCUGAUCUCACUAGUCAAUGGAGGUCAUUGUUUCUUCAUAUGGAGGAUAUAUUUGUUCGUGAAGGCAGCCAGCUUGAAGCGAGUUUGCUCGCACUUAAAGAUUUGAGAGAGAGACGCAAGAUAGAACUGGAGAAGAUGAACGGAAUACCUCUGGAGAAACAAUAGUUGCUUCCAAUGCUUGUACCUUUUUAAGAUUGUUAAAAAGUCAAGUCUCCUCCUCAGUACAAAUGUUGCAGCAUGUUAGUAUGAAAUAUCAAGAAGUUUAUAAUUGUUCCCUAGUAUUGAAUGCUGCUGUUGUUGCUGAUGAUUGAAAAAUUCGUUUGCUUUGAAAUAAGAUUGUUUCUCUCA